UCAUUAAGAGUUUGUUGAAUCUUCUUGCAAUGGCAGAAGCAAUCUGUUUUCUGAUUUUUAUUCCCAAACCCCUCCUUCUAUCUGUUUUCUGAUUUUAUUUAAAGUUUCUUAUUGCCGUCUCACUUUGCAACUCUACGGACAUCAACGUGAAUUUUCUUUGUUCCUAAUGAAUAAUAAUUUCUUAGUAUAAGGCUUGCAUUGUAUGAUCAUGUACCGAAGCCAAGGAGAUGCUUUGUAUGGUUUAUUUUUGUCAGUUGAGAUUUGUUCUGUUAUGCUUUUCCUUGUUUCUUUUUAUUCUUUGUGAUUUUCAGAGACUUUAUCGAUGAAAGGACUGACUCUAAACUGCAAAACUGAAGCUUAUGAGCUUGUUCGGCUUGGAGUCAAGAAUGACAUCAAAAGCCUAUACCGUUCAGACAGAGAGUAUAGAGAGGCCAUCAAGUGCUUACCGAUAUGCUCUUAGAAUAGAUCCUGAUAACCUUGAAAUACUCAGAGACCUUUCACUGUUGCAGGCACAAAUGCGGGACUUAUCUGGUUUUGUUGAGCCUAGGCAGCAGCUUUUGACUUUAAAGCCUAAUCAUCGAAUGAACUGGAUUGGCUUUUCAGUCUCCCAGCAUUUAAAUUCAAAGUAGGUUAUAGUCCUCAUUGCUUUACUCAUUUGAAUGGUAUUCUAGUUUUUCUUGUUUGGCUGUUCGCUUGUGUAUUUAUAUGAUUUGCAAAUGUAGUCUUGGACAUUUUAAGGAGUACACCUUUGUUGGGAUGUAUCUUGUUACAUCAGACUUUUAGGAAAUAAUAUACCAAUGAACAGUAUUCUGUAGAGUUUUAUGCAUUUCCAAUCAGCUAAACAGUAGUUAUUUUUAUUUUUUCAUUUAAC